AUGCCCCCUUCGGCGCUGACCACGACCUUCAUACAAUCGACCUUCCUUAAUGCCAUUGCCAACCUCCUCGCUCAGGUCAUAGAUCAGUACCACCGCGGUGUACGUAGCUUGAUUUCUUUUUCCCGUCGUCAAUUUUCCCGCAAUCCCAAACCAUUCCACCUAAACCCCACCGCCCUCCUCCAAUUCCUCAUCUACGGUCUCCUCAGCGUCCUCCCCAAUUUCCUCUGGCAACGGUUCCUCGAAUCCCGCUUCCCGGGGUUCCCCUCCUGGCGGCGGCGGUGGUCGUCGGCCCUCACCACCACCACCACCACCACCACCAUUCCCGGGACAUCAUCCACCCCCACCCCGCCCAAUCCCGCUACUACGAAGGGCGCACCACCGAAAGGGGAAUUCUACCCCCGCAGCAGCGGCAGCAGCAGCGGAGUCCGCAACUUCCUCGCCAAGUUCCUGCUGGAUCAGACGGUGGGGUCGGUGAUGAAUAUCGUGCUGUUUGUGGUGUUGAUCAAUUUGUUGAAGGGGGUGAGUUGGGCGGCGUGUUGGGGGUUGGUGCGUGAGGACUUCCGGCCGAUCAUGAUGGCGCGGCUCAAGUAUCGGCCGCUCGUCUCGGUGCUCAUGUACACAGUGGUGCCGGUGGACCGGCGCGUGGUGUUUGGGAGUGCCUGUGGGGUGAUCUGGGGGGUGUAUUUGAGUUUGUAUGCGGUGGUUUAG